AUGUUGAGUCUAAACAUGUUUGAUGCACUCGAUUCCGAAAGUAGACAAGAGUAUUGGAGUGACAACUCGGAAUCAUUGCUUGGUUAUCAUUAUUUCGACCACUAUUCAAAAAAAGCAAUAUCAGAACCUUCUGAUUGGGCUAGAAAAGUACCAUAUAACCCCAAUGUUAAAUAUCCCAAAGUUGGUCUGAUGGUCUAUCAGCAAUCUGGUUGGAAGAAAUUGCUUUGCAAUAACAAUAUAACAACUGACUCCCAAACUGAUCAGAACUCUGAAUUGAAGGAGGAGGACAUUGAUUUCAACUUUCUAAGAAAUCGAUUGUCAAAAAUUAUUUUAUUACAAAUGUCACUGAUUCCCAAUUUGCUGCCACUUGAGGACUAUGAAUUUCCAGAGAAUAUCAUGUUUUUGAGCGUGGAACAAGGAAACGAUUCUAAAACAACAGCCACUCAAGAAUAUUCAUUUGAUGGAGCAACAUUUCCAGGCGUCAGAUAUUUACGAGUUCGAUAUAAUGACGACGAUUAUAGAAAUUAUGGAAAAAAUUUGGGCAUACAAGAAGUAAUUAUUCUUCGUUCUUUGUUGAACAAAAAGACAUUACCUAAAUUAGAACAUUUGGUACUGAAUGGAUUUAGCACUAUAACUACACUAGAGGAGCAAUUUGACUUUUUAAAACAGUUAAUUUCUAUUGAAAUUACCUUCAAUCAACAUGGUUACGGAGCAGACCAAGAUAUUUGGGAAAAAGCGACAGAAUUUACCUCUAGACUCAGUCAAGCAUCUUCAAAAUUGAGAUAUGUGGUGGUACAUACAGACCUUGACAGCAGGAGACAUUGUCGACAUGAUCAACUAGCUGCAUUUUACAAAUCCCAUCGAUGCCCUGUCUCCAUUGGAUAUGCAAGCAUUAGCAGAUUCUACUACAUUAGUGGGGAAUAA